UGCUGCCUUCUAGAGUUAACUGGCUGUCAGGAGGAUUUUUCCGUUGUGAUUUCGCUCCAGAUCAGUACGCUCUAGUCGAUCCAUCGCGUCAGAUCGAAAAAAGGAAAGAACCCGCUGUUCGCUCCUACUCAAGGGUGGAUGCGGUUUUCUUUUGAAAAAAAAGAAAAACACCCGAAAACACAAAAAUUUAUAAAACGAAUCAAGAAUAUAUGAGAUCACUCAAUGUACCACAAAAGGAGUCGAUAUCUGUAGACAUAUUUUUCAAAAACGAAUUUAUGUGAUAUUUUUUUUAAAACAAAAUUGUGUGCAAAAAAAAAGAGAUUUCAAUAUUUUUGAAAAAGGAUUAGAUAUACAAAAAUUCAAGAAAACGGUGCUUGGUAAAGGAAAUAUUUUGAAAAAAGUUACAAAUGGGGAUUAUGGAACCCCAUAUAAAACGGUAUGCCAUUGCUGUUAUCUUAGCUGGAGUUCUUCUCGAAGCUGAAGCUCAAUUUUGGAAAGAAGGUGGUGGCGGUACAUUUAUUCCGAACAGCAGAAUCAGGGAGCAACCUCCAGCUCCAAUUGACGAAAGUUAUGCCAUAAUCGACACAGUCUCAGGUUACCGAACGAAUCCCAAAAAUUGCACAUCAAACGGAAGUUGUAUACCGAAAUGUUUUGCUGAAAAGGGUAAUCGAGGUUUGCCAGGUCCACAAGGUAGGCCAGGACCCAAAGGUCAAAUGGGCUAUCAAGGUAUUGACGGACCUCCUGGUGAGAAAGGACAAAAAGGUGAUCCAGGUUUGUUGGGACCCAGAGGAUACAAAGGUGAAAGAGGUUCAGAAGGUCGGCCUGGUGUACCCGGUGUGAGUGGUUUGCAAGGACACAUGGGAACUGCCGGUCUACCUGGUCUUCCCGGUAAAGACGGAUGUAAUGGUGCAGAUGGUGUGCGUGGUGUUAAUGGUUUGCCUGGUAUGGUUGGACCAAGGGGUUACCCUGGAAAUCCUGGAUCGAAGGGUGAAAAAGGAGAGCCGGCUAAGGAAAUUGGUGAUUUCGCUAAGGGUGACAAGGGUGAACCUGGUUUUAUGGGAAGAUCUGGACUGCCCGGAAAUGAUGGACCUGAUGGAAUAAAAGGAGAUCGUGGUGAUACUGGUUCUUAUGGUCAACCUGGUCCUCGUGGUGACCGUGGUAUUAAGGGAGAGAAGGGUGACUCGUGUAUUGCACCACCUGUACCUGGACAGAAGGGAAACAAGGGAGAGAAAGGAGAAUCAGCCACAUUGAUCAAUGUACCUUUCACCAAUGGACCUGCACAGUUUAUUGGACCAAAAGGUGAUAUGGGUGAUAAGGGAGAGCCAGGAUUGCAGGGUGAUAAGGGUGAUGUAGGAUAUCCAGGACCAGCUGGAAAUGAUGGAUCAAAGGGUGAAAAGGGUCUUCCUGGACCAUCUGGAGACAGAGGUCGGCAAGGUAACUUCGGUCCACCUGGACCUGCAGGUCAGAAGGGUGAUCGUGGUGAGAUUGGAUUAAGCGGUUUGAAUGGAACUCCAGGAGCGAAGGGAGAACCUGGUAAACCAGGUCUUCCUGGUGCACAAGGUUUGAUUGGACCCGCUGGACCACCCGGUGGUGGAAAGGGAACUCCAGGACCAGCAGGGCCUAAGGGUCCACGUGGUUUCCGCGGACCUCCUGGACCAAAAGGAUUAGAUGGAUACCCAGGAGUUCCUGGAUUACAAGGUGCUCCAGGACCCAAAGGAGGUCCAGGUUUGGCCGGUCGACCUGGUUUGGAAGGUGCACCUGGUGAGAAGGGAGACAAAGGAGACCUUGGACAACCUGGAAACCCUGGACCUCUUGGACCACGAGGACACACAGGUCCACCAGGUCCUGAAGGAGUCAAAGGAGAGCCUGGACUACCUGGAAUUGGAGUACCUGGACUCAAGGGUGAUAUUGGAACACCAGGACGUCCUGGAGAUCAAGGAAGGAAAGGAGAACGUGGUUUUACUGGUGCCCCUGGUGCACCUGGUGACUCAAAACUUGGUCAACCUGGUUCACCUGGUCGUCCCGGAAGACAAGGAGAAAAGGGUGACGUCGGACGUUCUGGCCAGCCUGGACAAAAAGGAGAAACUGGACCUAAGGGUGAUUUAGGUGGUAGAUGUAUUGAUUGCGCUCCAGGACAAAAAGGAACUAAAGGAGAACGAGGAUUUAGUGGUGCUGAUGGUUUACCAGGAGCUCGGGGUCCUACCGGAGAACGCGGUGCGCAAGGAGAACGUGGUGAUGAUGGUCUUCCUGGAUCAAUGGGAGAAAUCGGAGACCGAGGUACUGAUGGAUUACCAGGUUUACCGGGACCCGAAGGUCCUGCUGGACGUGAUGCUAUUAUUGACUUGAACUUAACCGCAACCGAAAAAGGAUCCAAGGGUGAGCGUGGACAAAGAGGCUACCCUGGAUUGAAGGGUGACCGUGGAGAAAUUGGACAGCCUGGUAUUCCUGGACUUAAAGGUGAGACUGGAUUGAGAGGUGACAAAGGUUUCCCCGGUGCUCCGGGACAAGAUGGAGCCGCAGGCGCCCCUGGAAGAGAUGGAUUUAUGGGACCUAAAGGUGAUAGCAUCAAGGGAGAACAAGGACGUGCUGGAUACGAUGGCCAAAAGGGUGAAAAGGGUGAUACUGGAUUCGUUGGUCUUAAGGGAGAACCUGGUACUUGUGAAAUGGAUCGUAGCAUGCUGCCACCAAAGGGAAACAAGGGUGAAAAAGGUUACGAAGGUAAUCCUGGCCCAAUGGGACCCAUGGGAGAAAAGGGUGACAUCGGUAGAACCGGAGCUAAGGGUGAACAAGGUUUCCAAGGACCACGUGGACCUGUCGGUCCUAGAGGAUUAUCAGGACCCCGAGGUGACAAAGGUAACCAAGGACCUAUUGGAUUCCCAGCUGCGCCUGGAAAAGAUGGUGCUAGAGGAGUACCAGGAAGACCCGGUGAUCGUGGUCAAAAGGGAGAACAGGGUAUUGCCGUUGCUGGACCUCCAGGACCAAGAGGUAUUGAUGGUCAACCUGGUCAACCAGGAGAUCGUGGUUUCCCAGGAAGUGAUGGUUUACCUGGACCUGAAGGACAAGUUGGUUAUCCAGGAGACAAGGGUGAUGCGGGAACCCCAGGUAAUCCAGGAUUGCCUGGUCCUCUAGGAGAAAAGGGAGAUACGGGACCGGUCGGACCAAUGGGACCCCCUGGACCCAGAGGAUCUCCUGGUGUUGAUGGUGUGCAAGGACGCGAAGGAACAAAGGGAGAGCCUGGUAACCCCGGAUUAGUUGGUAUGCCUGGAUUAAAGGGUGAACGCGGUGCAAUUGGAAUUGAUGGUCCCAAAGGAUUUACUGGGCCAAGUGGACUUCCUGGUAUCAGAGGAACACCUGGAAAACCUGGUAUUCCUGGUGUCAAAGGAGACAAGGGAGAACGUGGUUUGAAUGGUGAAAAUGGACUUACUGGUUUCCGAGGUCCUCCAGGACCUCAAGGACUGCAAGGAUUGAAGGGUGACAUUGGACCACUUGGACCUCCUGGUGCUGAUGGACUUCCUGGAUUAAACGGAGAAAAGGGAGACCUUGGAUUACCAGGUUUGACUGGAGCACCUGGUUUACCUGGAGAUGCAUCUGAAAAGGGACAGAAAGGAGAACCUGGUCCUCCAGGAUUACGUGGUGUUGACGGAGCUAAUGGAACACCUGGUUAUCCAGGAGAACAAGGAUUACCCGGUAUGCCUGGUUUUGGAAUGCCAGGAGCAAUUGGACAGAAGGGUGAACCUGGAAGGGAUGGAUUGGAUGGGCCACCUGGUUUGACUGGCCUUAAAGGAGAUCGCGGAUAUCCUGGACAAAUCGGAAUGAAGGGUGACAAAGGUAUCGCUGGAAGGCCUGCUCCUCCUCCAAUACCUUGCAUUGACGGAUCUCCUGGUGAGCCAGGUAUUCAAGGACCACAAGGUUUCCCCGGACCAAAAGGUUUGAAGGGUGAGCCAGGUCUCAAUGGAUUUGCAGGUGUUACUGGUGAGAAGGGAGACCAAGGUCUGACAGGUUUUGCUGGAGCUCCUGGUCUGAAAGGUGAACGUGGAUACCCUGGUCCCAGUGGACGUGAUGCUGAACCUAUAACCAUUGUUGGCGAGAAAGGUGAACCUGGUGAAUUCGGAAUGACUGGACUUCCUGGAGCUGUUGGAAUGAAGGGUAAUACCGGUUUAACUGGACGCGAUGGACAAAAGGGUGAACGCGGAUAUCCUGGUCCACAAGGUCUGCCUGGAUUGAAUGGUCAAAUUGGUCAAAAGGGUGACAUGGGCCCCAUGGGUGAACAAGGUUUGCCUGGUAUCGCUAUCAAGGGAGAGAAAGGUUUACCCGGUCGUGCAGGAAAGAAUGGACGCACAGGUAUGAUUGGACAUCCCGGAAUCAAGGGUGAAAAGGGUCUUCCAGGAUUGGCAGGUAUGCCCGGAAAUGUUGGUUUGCCAGGAAAAAUGGGUCCACAGGGUGAGAAAGGAGAGCGUGGUUUGAUGGGUCUUCCUGGAACUGACGGACAAGAUGGAUACCCAGGACCAAUGGGACCUAAGGGAGAACGCGGUUACCCCGGAGAGAGGGGAGCUCGUGGUUUGCCUGGAUUCGAAGGACAAAAGGGUGACAAGGGUAGCCAAGGUAUUGAGGGACGACGUGGUCUUGAUGGAUUCCAAGGCAUGAAAGGAGACCGUGGUCCGAUCGGUUUGGACGGUCUUCCUGGACCAAUGGGUCCCAUGGGAGAAAAGGGUUCAACUGGUCCUAAGGGUCGUGAUGGACGUGAUGGUAUUCCCGGUAACCGAGGUCUCAAAGGUGAACCUGGUCUCGUGCCACCACCAGGACCCAAAGGUGAACCUGGUAUCCCUGGAUACAAUGGCGAGAAAGGUGACCGUGGUUUCCAAGGAAUGCGUGGCCUUACUGGAGAACAAGGAGAACGCGGAGAAAAGGGUGAUCGAGGACUACAAGGUUUCCCUGGACCAACCGGACGAACUGGACCUAAAGGAGAUAUGGGACGACCUGGUUUGCCUGGUCGCGACGGUGCUCCCGGACCAAUUGGAUUUAAGGGUGAGCAAGGAGAAUCAUGUUCUCCAGCACCCGAUUAUCUUACAGGAAUACUCCUCGUAAAACACAGUCAAACCGACAAGAUCCCACAAUGUGAACCUGGUCAUACCCAAUUAUGGGAUGGUUACUCUCUAUUGUAUGUCGACGGUAACGAUUAUGCACACAAUCAAGAUCUCGGAUCACCAGGAUCAUGUGUUCGUCGCUUCUCAACACUGCCAGUUAUGACUUGUGGCCAAAACAAUGUCUGCAACUACGCUUCACGCAACGACCGUACUUUCUGGCUUUCCACUUCAGCUGCCAUUCCAAUGAUGCCAGUACAAAACUACGAGAUGCAGAAAUACAUCUCCCGCUGUGUCGUUUGCGAAGCACCAGCCAACGUCAUUGCCAUUCACAGUCAAUCUCUAGAAAUUCCACGCUGUCCCGGCGGAUGGGAAGAUCUAUGGAUGGGUUACAGUUUUGCUAUGCACACGGGUGUCGGAAAUGGAGGAGGUGGACAAGAUCUUUCAUCGCCUGGUUCCUGUCUUGAAGACUUCAGAGCGACGCCAUUCAUCGAGUGCAAUGGUGCCAAGGGACAUUGCCACUACUACGAGACGCAGACCAGUUUCUGGUUGGUCACCGUCGAGGAACACGAACAGUUCAUUAAGCCCGAACAGCAAACACUUAAGUCAGGAACACUGAGACAGAGGGUAUCGAGAUGCCAAGUGUGUAUUAAGAAAUCGACAUAAGUCCAAGGCAAACAGACAAACAAAUGAAAACAAUUUCUGAAAUAAGAAAAAUAACUAACUACGUAUUCCUACCACCAAUUUUACCAAUAACUUUUUAA